AUGGACGUUAUCACCUACGAAGACGUUGAUUUCGGGAAAUACUUUGCUGCCGACAACAGGAGUCCUUACAUGGAAAAACCAUCUCGGGAGAUUGACGAGAUGUGGAAGGAGUUGUACAACUUUGGUCUCACUGGACUGACGCCCGAGGAAGCGUCUCAGCUUCCCGAACCUACCGCUCACCUCCCCCACGAUAACAACACCUACGUGGUUUCCCUCAGUGUUUUUCACCAACUGCACUGCGUCAAUCAUCUGCGCAAGGCAUUGUAUCCCGAUGAGUACCCCGGCUUGUGGGAGUAUCACAAAGACGGUACCGUGAACCACGAUACGAUCCUGGCUCUUCACUGGGGUAAGUGA